GCGAAGAGUCUAGGUUCUGUGUGAAAUAUCUUUCAAUCGUCUACCACUGCGCCAUACAGAUACUGCUAGCGCCAACAUAUUAUCCUCAUUAUUAUCUUUAUUCUUAACCAAGAUGCCUUGUAACGAUUGUGAGGAGAGAAAAGUUUGUUCAAUACACUCCUACGCUCCGCAGCUUCCCUUUUCUGAUUUCUGACUUGAUAAUUACAUUCAACCACAAGCGGAAAUUCAUGAAUCACUACGGUGCGGCCAUGGCAACACGCUUAAAAGACCUCGGAGUGACGUUAGCCUACACUCUCAACGAACGUCUGGGCCAGCCCCCCACGAGCAUUAUUACCGAAAACUUUCCUACCGACACACGCACCACCCUCAACACCCCCGGCACCCGCAGCACCCCUACCAUGCAUGACACCUCCACCACCUCCACCACCCUCAACACUCUCCGCAUCCGCAGCACCCCUACGACGCUUAACACCCUCACCGCCCUCACCGCCCUCACCGCCCUCACCGCCCUCACCGCCCUCACCGUUCUCACCGUUCUCACCGUUCUCACCGUUCUCACCGUUCUCACCGUUCUCACCGUUCUCACCGUUCUCACCACUCUCACUACCCCCAAAGCUCCCGACACUCCUAACCCCACCGUAUAUGCUGCCUCGGGCGAGAUGCCCUACGUAAUCGCAGCGCUGGGCGAAGAGGUACGCCGGUGGGUGCUGCGAUUAGGAGCGGCUACAGCGGGCAAGCGAGACACCAGCCCCGCACCUCAUUUUCGGCCAGUCAUUAGCGUUCGCAACGGUCCGAGGGGACAGCCAAGAGCCCAAGACGGGACGGGACCACAACCUGCAGUCCGUCCAGGGUGGUUAAAGUGCAGGACGGCCGUCUUGGGUCGGACGGCGGGCACUACAGGGUGAGACACUUUCGUUCAGGGCAGGGGGGUUGGACGGCGGGUGGUGGGGGACUGUGGGGGAUAGCAGAGGAUGGUGGGGAUGGCGGAGGAUGGUGGGGGAUUGUAGGGGAUUGUGAGGGACGGUGGGUGGUGGCCGGGGACUGUGGGGGAUGGUGGGGGAUGGUAUGGGAUGGUAUGGGAUGGUGGGGGACGGUGGGGGACGGUGGGUGGUGGUAGAUGGAGGCAGUGUUCCCAACCGUCCCGGGCAGGGUGAGUAAGGACGGCGGGGCACGGCGUCCGUCUUUGAUGACGAUCGCAGUCCUGUAGGUGACGGCUGGGCCCUGUAGUCUUGUUUUGGGAAACAGUAACUUCCAGUAGGGCCCGACCAUAUUUGGAAUUGAGGGGUGUCACCUGCAGGGCCCGGCCGUCCUGAGUAAGGAUUGGCGUCACCUCUACUCCCAUCAGAGCUUUUUCGUCAUAGGCGGGUCUCAUUUCUGAAGAACCAUUAGUUGAAGUGGAGACCAUGCUUCGAGAUCUGGAGGAGAGGGCACAAAGUUUGAGAUAUCUUCGCAAGGAGGCUUAUGAACAGGACAUGGAAACUAAAACGGAUUUCAAAACGAUGAAGGCGGGGCAGCGUCUAAUUGGUUGGCACGUUUCUGCCUUUGUUGUUGCCGGUACUGCUGAGUUUGGAAGGUUAUUGUCUACUUUUUUGACGAAUGGGAAAUGCAUUUUCCAGCGGAUGUUAUCAAAUUACAGACAAAAAAACUAAAAACACCGCAUCGGCUCCUCCCUUGCAGUUGAAAAAGAUAAAUGAGCUACUACAGAUGAGGUUAACUCAUCCAUUGUGGUACUAACAUCACAUUCAUCCUUAUUAGGGGGAAGCCAACACUAGUAUGCCUUGAGAAGACUUAUACAGGAAUCUAUUGUGGAGACAAGGAUUGUCUAGGAAGGCUUGGUAAUUUUCUUUAUGUUUAUAACAACAAAGAACUUGUUUA